AUGAAGGAUCUACUAUCACCUGAACUUUCAGAGGAAGGCUCUUCUUCCUCCUCUUCUCCAACUCCCAGCAAUGGAGACGAGGCCGCGGAGGAGACUUCUGACGUAGAGAUGCCCAGGACUUCCCAGAGUCUUCAGAGUGAGCAGGAGGUUUCCUCUUCAACUGGAGACACCGGAGGGGACAGCUCUGAUGAAGACAAUGACAGCCUGUCCCGGCUAGAUAUUGAAAACUUGUCUGUAAUGCCUAUAAAUGAGAAAGCAUCUUCAUUGGUGAAUUAUCUGCUGUUCAAGUCUCGAAUUAAAGAGCCACUCACCCUGGAAGACAUGCUGAAUACUGUCAUCAAAGAUCACUUCCCUGAGAUCCUGCAGAAAGCCAAUGAAUGCUUGGAGAUGGUAUUUGGCCUUGAAGUGAAGGAAGUAGACGCCAUCAACCACUGUUACAUGGUCUGCAUGACACUGGGCCUCACCAGUGAUGCCAUGCUGAGUGAACCAGAAGGCACGCCAAAGACUGGCAUCCUGAUUAUGCUCUUGGGUGCGAUCUUCAUCAACGGCAACCGUGCCACUGAAGAAGAAGUCUGGGAGGUGCUGAAUACGAUGGGCAUCUAUGCUGGGCAGAAGCACUUCAUCUGUGGGAAACCAGAGGAUUUCCUCACCGGAGAGUUGGUUCAGGAAAAAUAUGUGGAGUAUCGGCAGCUGCCCCCACGUUACAAGUUUGUGUGGGGUCCAAGAGCCUGUGCUGAAAUCAGCAAGAUGAAGCUCCUCCAGUUUCCGUCAAAAGCUUAUGGAAAGCCAGGUUCUUUCCCAAGUCUGUAUGUACUGGCUCUGAAAGAGGAGCAAGGAGCCCAAGGUCUAGCUGCAGCCAGCAUUGACACUCUUGCCACCACCAUGUCCCUGGCGAGUUCCGGUGCCACUUCCAGCAGCUGCUUCCAACCCCUGUAA